AUGAUCAUGCAACUGGGCCUGGCCCUGGUGCUAGGAGUGGCCCUUUGCCUGGGGUGUGGCCAGCCCCUCCUAUGGGCUCCUGACCGCCCUUUCUCUGUGCAAUGGAACAUACCCUCAGCACAUUGUAAGACUCGCUGUGGUGUGCACCUGCCACUAGAGGCUCUGGGCAUCACAGCCAACCAUGGCCAGCAUUUCCAUGGGCAGAACAUCACCAUCUUCUACAAGAAUCAGCUCAGCCUCUAUCCCUACCUUGGGCCCAGGGCCACAGCUCAUAAUGGAGGCAUCCCCAAGAUUGUCCCUCACCGCCACCUGGCACAGGCUACCUACCAGACCCAUCUCAACCUAGAAUGUGGCUUCACUGGCCUGGCAGUGCUGGACUGGGAAGAGUGGUGCCCACUCUGGGCCGGGAACUGGGGCUGGUGCCGAGCCUACCAGGCCACCUCAUGGGCUUGGGCACAACGGGUAUUCCCCCACUUGAACCCCCAGGAGCAGCUCCAGGCCAGUGUUAGCUUUGAACAGGCAGCCCAUGCCCUGAUAGAGGACACACUGUGGCUGGGCCAGGCACUGAAGCCCCAUGGGUUCUGGGGGUUCUGUCGCUUCCCAGCCUGUGGCAAUGGCUGGCACGGUACAGCUUCCACAGGCCACUGCCACCCAGCCACUCUAGCCUGCAACACCCAACUGCAUUCGCUCUGGGCUCCUGCCUCCAGCGCCCUCUUCCCCAGCAUUUAUCUCCCACCCAAGCUGCCACCUAUUCACCACCAAGCAUUUGUCCAAUAUCGCUUGGAGGAAGCCUUCCAUGUGGCCCUUGUUGGGCACCCACAUCCCUUGCCUGUCCUGGUCUAUGCCCGCCUCACACACCAGCGUUCUGGGAGGUUCCUCACACACCUCGAUGACCUUGUGCAGACGACUGGUGUGAGCGCAGCACUGGGGGCAGCUGGCGUGGUGCUCUGGGACCUGAGCCUCUCCAUCUCUGAAGAGAAAUGCUGGCAUCUCCAUGACUACCUAGUGGGCACCCUGGGCCCCUAUGUAAACAAUGUGACCAGAGCAACCAUAGCCUGCAGUCUCCAGCGGUGCCAUGGCCAUGGGCGCUGUGCCUGCCAAGACAGAGGACAACUGGAAGCCUUUCUGCACCUGCAGCCAGAUGGGAGGCCUGGAGCCUGGGAGUCCUUUAGCUGCCGUUGUUACCGGGGUUGGGGCCCUUACUGCCAGGAGCCUAGACCUAAACCUAGGCCUGAAGAACCAGCAUAA